GGUUCCUCAGUGUCAUAUGACCAGCGCUCUGCUGUCAUUUAUGCUAUUCAGCACCAGUUAGCAAAGCACAUCGAUCAACUUCAGCUUUCUCAGGUUUUCUUCUCUUUGUCCAACGAUGGCAACCUUGGUGGCAAACAGGGCAAUGGACGUCAACGGCUUGCAGGCAGCUGCGAGGACACACACCCAGGCAGUGACCAGAAAUUACAUCUCUCAGCCCAGGCUAACCUACUCUACUGUGUCAGGUGUAAAUGGACCCUUGGUGAUCCUGGAUAAUGUAAAGUUCCCCAGAUAUGCUGAGAUUGUUCACCUGACCCUUCCUGAUGGCACCAAGAGGAGUGGGCAGGUCCUGGAGGUGAUUGGAAGUAAAGCAGUUGUCCAGGUGUUUGAGGGAACAUCAGGCAUUGAUGCCAAGAAGACAGCUUGCGAGUUCACUGGUGACAUCCUGCGUACUCCUGUGUCAGAGGACAUGCUGGGGCGUGUGUUCAAUGGCUCCGGCAAACCCAUCGACCGUGGGCCCAAUGUUCUGGCUGAGGACUACCUGGACAUCAUGGGUCAGCCCAUCAAUCCUCAGUGCCGUAUCUACCCUGAGGAGAUGAUCCAGACUGGCAUCUCAGCCAUUGAUGGCAUGAACAGCAUUGCCAGAGGGCAGAAGAUCCCAAUUUUUUCUGCUGCUGGGCUGCCCCACAAUGAGAUUGCUGCCCAGAUUUGUCGCCAGGCCGGACUGGUGCAGAAGUCCAAGGAUGUGAUGGACUACAGCGCUGAGAACUUUGCCAUAGUCUUCGCAGCCAUGGGGGUCAACAUGGAAACUGCCCGCUUCUUCAAGUCUGAUUUUGAGGAGAAUGGCUCUAUGGACAACGUCUGCCUUUUCUUGAACCUGGCCAAUGACCCCACCAUCGAGCGUAUCAUCACCCCUCGCCUGGCACUCACUUCAGCAGAGUACCUGGCCUACCAGUGCGAGAAGCACGUCCUGGUCAUCCUGACUGACAUGAGCUCCUACGCUGAGGCUCUGAGAGAGGUCUCUGCUGCCCGAGAGGAAGUGCCCGGCCGUCGAGGCUUCCCCGGCUACAUGUACACAGAUCUGGCCACCAUCUACGAACGUGCUGGCCGAGUGGAGGGCAGGAACGGCUCCAUCACCCAGAUUCCCAUUCUCACUAUGCCCAAUGACGACAUCACCCAUCCAAUUCCUGAUCUGACUGGAUACAUCACAGAGGGUCAGGUCUACGUUGACAGACAGCUGCACAACAGACAGAUCUACCCACCCAUCAAUGUGUUGCCCUCACUGUCCCGUCUGAUGAAGUCAGCCAUUGGUGAGGGGAUGACCAGGAAAGACCAUGCAGAUGUUUCUAACCAGCUGUAUGCCUGCUAUGCCAUUGGUAAGGAUGUUCAGGCCAUGAAGGCUGUGGUGGGAGAAGAGGCCCUCACCUCUGAUGAUCUGCUCUACCUUGAGUUCCUGCAGAAGUUUGAGAAAAACUUCAUUGCUCAGGGCCCGUACGACAACAGGACAGUGUAUGAAACACUGGACAUUGGCUGGCAGCUGCUGCGAAUCUUCCCCAAGGAAAUGCUCAAGAGGAUUCCUCAGAGCACCCUGGCAGAGUUCUACCCUAGAGAGUCUGCCGCCCGUCACUGAGGGGUGCUCCAUUCUAGCCCCAUUCACCUUUCUACCCACCCUCUUUCCCUUCAUUCAGUUUCUUUCAUCUCACCCCACAGCCUUGCACUUCAGGGUGCUCGGAUACCAUCGUCAUCAAACCUUCACCCAUCUCAAACUUGGCUUCCUUUCUCCACUGUUCUUAUUACCUCCAGUUCAUUUUCUUGUCAUGAAUCAUCCCAACACCAACCCCCAUUUCCCCACCCUGAAUGAGAACAGGGCAAUAAUGUCCCCCUUCUGUAGAUGUACUGUAGCGUAUCAGUUGUGUAUGGAAAUUGUCUGUGCUUGUAAUGUCUUUCCUUGAGUGCAAAAACGUGAACAUAUCCUUGAAAUGAUAGAUCAGUCCUUUAUUUAUUGGGGUGUGUUACUGCUGGAUCCACCUCCUUGUUUUUUUAUUUUGAUUAUUUUUUUUUUUAAUAAAUGAUAUGUAAAAUCCAUCUCCUGCUGAAAACAAGAGGUUUCCAACUGUGUGUGUGUCUGUGUGUCUAUACAUACACAGUACCACUGCAGCCAGUAGCAGUAGGUUAGGCUCAUAAAGUUGGGUUUUUAUUAAUUCAACUUGAUUGUCAUUUUCUAAACUGAGAACUCUUUGAGUAUUUGCUGAACAACACAAAGUCACAGCUUCACAAACUGAACAUCAUAAACAUCACCACAGGGGUGAUUUUAUAGUCAAGUGUUUCUCUUAUCCACUGCCUAUGUAUUGUUUAAUAAUUGACAACUGCUGUAGUUUUUUUCAUCCAAACUCGGGUCACAAGCGAAGUUGAGAUGUUGACUGUAUGUUGCCCCCAGUACUUUGACUCACCUCUUUUGGACCAUCUUGCUUCCUCUACCUACUAUGGAAAGAAUACAGUGGAUGUUUACAUUAUUUGUGUUUUGCUGUUUGAUUUGUGUUGUGAAAAAAAGGAGUAUAUAAGAGUAUAUUAAACAUUCCCAUGUGUCUGCAGAAACUAAUUAUUUGUUGUGCUACAAUAAUGGUUUUGUGAGUUUAUGUCCAUGAAUAAAUUAAAUUAAGUAUG